AUGGCAAAAAAUCCUUCAGCAUACUUGCUCUUCCUUGCCAUCUUGGUUCUUACCACAGCCACAUCCUCAUCCGCCACGUCUCUCAAUGUGGCUGUUGGAUCUCAAGUUCAGGUUGUUGGCAGGGUUACUUGCCCGGUCAGAAGGAUUCUGCCUCCCUCUGGCCCACCUGUGGUUGGUGUUAAUGUCAGCUUGUCCUGCGAUGGAGACAGGACCAGUCUCGGGCAAGCCGUCACCAAUGCCGGCGGUUUUUACAGCAUCGCUCUCAACGUGGGUCCGGGCAUUCUCUUUAACACAACAGGCUGUGCCAUCUUUGUCAACCUUCCUCUCGCCAACUGCACUGCUCUCCCUGCCUCUGGAGUAGUUAGAACCCCUCUUCGCUUGCUUUCCAUUGUCCCUUUAACGGUUAGCCAACUUCCUCUCGUGAUUGACGAAAUUCGUGUAUAUCUUGGAGAACUUUUAAGAGCGAUUUGA